AUGCAAGUAGCAAGUCAGCCAACAGUUGUGUAUUGUUCUCCAGGAUCCAUGUCUUCUUUUCUCAAUCUCCGUAGAACACAAAAGAAUGCAACAAGUCAGCCAGCAACUGAUGGCAAUGAGAAUGAAGGCAAUGAGAAUGCAUCUGUAAACGAAGUCCAUGGAAAUGCUGUAAAUGAAGUCCAUGGAAAUGAAGCCAACGAAGUCCUUGAAGUAGAACCUCAAGGAAAAAACACAACUGCUGAAAACUCUACUCCAAAGAAGACGGGCCGAGGUCCCACACUUUUGACUCAUGUUCAUAAACGAACAAUGAAUGAGCGACCUCUGAUCAUCCUAAAUUGUUAUGGGCAACCAAUCGGUCCUACAAAAAAACAUAUGAGUGAAUAUAGUCUCUUCUUAGGGACGUUGGCUAGGAACUCGGAGUAUUUACCGCUCAACUAUUGCGAUUGGCCAAGUGUACCACAGAAUGCAAAGGAUGAGGUCUGGGAUUAUGUGCAAAGGAAGUACUUGGUUUCAUCUGAAGGAAAGGAUUGGGCAUUAGAAACUAUUGGUUGUCAGUGGAAAGGUUGGAAGUGUAGGAGUAAGGCAUUAUACUACUAUCCAUAUGCAACUUACGAAGAAAGGUGGAAGAAUCGUCCAAAUACAAUUCCUGAAAGCCAAUUUAAACAACUCUUGCACUAUUGGGAUGAUGAGGGAACUCAAGUAAGUGUCGAAGAGUAA